CAAUGAAGGCAGGAACAAGCACCACUUCACUUCUCCUCCGCCGCGACAUGAAGAAGGCGAUGCGGGGAUGUUGACGCGAUGAACAGGCGCGUCAGCAGCAUUUCCAUCCACGAGCCGACUCCUGCCCGGCGCACAUCCAGAUCCCCCUAUGCCACCAGCGUGCCCCCCAAUGCCCGCCGCAGCUCGCAACCGCCACCACCACCGCCAAAUCGCCGACUCUCCGCCAUCUCGACGGUAGAAGCAGGACAACGCGAACCAGUGUCGACCGCUGAUCAGAUCGUCGCCGACGAGAUCGCGGAGAUCAAGCGAUAUGAGGACUUCACGACAAUAGACUGGGUGCAAGAUGCCGCACGUGAACAGCAGCGUCGCAAGGCGCGGAGGCAGGAGAGAGCUGGCUUCUUUGACAGAGACGGACGGCUAGGCUGGAGGCGCAAGCUGUGGGAGGCCUACGAUGCCGCUCAGGGCUGGAUCGUGGUCACCCUCAUCGGCGCUGCCAUAGGGCUCAAUGCCGCCUUCCUGAACAUCGUGACGGAAUGGCUAUCAGAUAUCAAGAUGGGCCACUGCACCACUGCCUUCUAUCUGAACGAGAACUUCUGCUGCUGGGGCUCAGAAAGUGGGUGUGCCGAGUGGAAGCCGUGGACUGGCUUCGGUCCCGUCAACUACCUGAUCUACAUCCUCUUCGCUGUGCUCUUCUCCAGCUUUGCAGCUAUCCUGGUCAAGAACUUUGCUCCAUACGCUGCGGGCUCUGGAAUUAGUGAGAUCAAAUGCAUCAUUGCAGGCUUCGUCAUGAAGGGCUUUCUUGGCUUCUGGACACUCCUCAUCAAGUCCAUAGCUCUUCCCCUGGCAAUUGCUUCAGGCCUCAGUGUAGGCAAGGAAGGCCCUUCGGUCCACUAUGCUGUCUGCACUGGCAAUGUCAUCAGUCGAAUGUUCCACAAGUACCGCCGUAAUGCCGCCAAGACCCGCGAAAUCUUGUCCGCAUCUGCUGCUACAGGAGUCGCUGUGGCAUUCGGUAGUCCCAUUGGCGGAGUUCUCUUCAGCUUGGAGGAGAUGUGCACCCAUUUCCCCCUCAAGACCUUGUGGAGGUCUUUCUUCUGCGCCCUGGUAGCUACAGCCUUUCUGGCAGCCAUGAACCCUUUCCGAACAGGCCAACUGGUCAUGUUCACGGUGCGAUACGACCGGAGCUGGCACUUCUUUGAGAUACCCUUUUACAUUCUGCUCGGAGUCUUCGGCGGCUGCUAUGGUGCUUUUGUCAUGAAGUGGCAUAUGCGCGUGCAGGCAUUUCGUAAGCGAUACCUGUCGCAAUAUGGAAUUCUGGAGGCUACAAUCCUCGCCUUUGCCACGGCUAUCAUCUGCUUUCCCAAUAUGUUUUUAAAGAUCGACAUGACUGAGAGUAUGGAGAUCCUCUUCCAAGAGUGCGAAGGAGAGCACGACUAUGAUGAGCUGUGCGAGGCUCAGCACCGUUGGCGCAUGAUCUUCAGCCUAGCCAUCGCUACAAUUUUACGCACUGGACUGGUCAUCAUCUCAUAUGGCUGCAAGGUCCCUGCCGGCAUUUUCGUGCCGUCCAUGGCAAUAGGUGCCUCCUUUGGACGCAUGGUCGGUAUGCUGGUUCAGGCUUUACAUGAGUCGUUCCCGAACGCAGCUUGGUUCUCGGCUUGCGUGCCAGAACAAACAUGCAUUACACCAGGCACAUACGCCUUCCUCGGUGCUGGCGCUGCUCUUGCCGGAAUCAUGCAUCUCACCAUCUCCGUCGUAGUCAUCAUGUUCGAGCUGACAGGCGCACUGACAUACAUUCUCCCGACCAUGAUCGUAAUCGGAGUCACGAAAGCUGUCAGCGAACGAUUUGGCAAAGGCGGUAUCGCAGACCGUAUGAUCUGGUUCAAUGGCUUCCCAUUUCUCGAUAACAAAGAAGAGCACACAUUUGGCGUCCCAGUCUCAGCAUGCAUGACAGCCGAUCCUACCGUUCUUCCUGCAUCUGCUCUGACAUUUUCCCAAGUCGAACGCAUUCUCGCUGAAUCCAAGUACCAAGGCUUUCCGAUCGUGGAAGACGCCGAGACUCACAUCCUGCUCGGCUACAUCGGCCGCACAGAAUUGCGCUACGCUCUCGAUCGCGCGAAACGAGGACAAAUGGUACAUCCAUCAGCCAAAUGCCACUUCGCACCUCAAGACGUACCACGAACCGCUACAACUCCAAGUACGCUUGCUCCCGCGAUCACCUUCGACGACAUCGCUGAGACAGGACCAGCGAUGAGCGUGGACUUCAGCAAGUUUGUAGACCCUACUCCUCUGGCCGUCCAUCCUCGCCUCCCACUGGAGACCGUGAUGGAACUUUUCAAAAAGCUCGGCCCCAGAGUCAUUCUCGUCGAGCAUCGCGGAAGACUGACAGGAUUGGUCACCGUCAAAGACUGCCUCAAAUACCAAUUCCAAGCCGAAGCACACGAGAACCCUCGGGAUGAAGCCGGCCAGAUCAGAGUACAAGAGACGAUGUGGGAGUAUCUGAGAAGCGCUGCGUCUUGGGUCGGAGUGAAGGUCGGGGUUGGAAGAGGAGCGCCACGACUUGAUAGCGGUGGCUAUGCAAGCGUCGGCGAAUCACCUCCGGAUAGUGCGGGGCUACAGAACAGUGAUCGGAACAGAGGUAUCGGUCUCGACGAAGAAGGCGCUGGCCCAGCUGUUGGUGGCGUGGAAUUAGAUGAUAGGAGAAAUGCAUUAUCUUAAGUAUCCACAGCCCGGACCAAACAGCUCAUGUUCAAACUAUGACCUGCCAGCUUUCCUCUUCUUACUCUUAUCCUUCAACCUCGCCACAAGACCUUUGACAUCAUCCUCACCACCUCCAGCAUCCUCAUCUUUCUUCACCUUCUUCACCCUACUCUCCCCAUCCUCCUCGUCCUCAUCACCCUUCCUCUUCCUCCUCUUCUCCUCCAGUAACCCCUGCAUAGCUUUCGUCCUCCUAAACGCCGGCGCAGUAGGAUCAAUCGCAUACUCAUGACUCUCAAAGAGCGCCUUGAAUCUCGGAUCCGAAGUUUCAAGCUCAAAAUCCUCUUGUGCGGCUGCUGUGCCCUCGGAUUUCUUCUUCCUCCCUUUCUUCCUCGCAGCCUUCUCCGCCUUUUCAAUCUCUCGCAUGUCGAAAUGUUGAGCGGCGCCUGCUUCUCCUUCUUCCGUCAUGAGGAGUUCGAGUUCGGCACGACGGCUUUCGGCUUCGGCGUUGACGGCUUCGCGAGCGGCGCGUUUGGCGGCUUUUUUGCGGGCGGAUUUUUCUGCGGCGGCGGAGGCGGUGGGGUUGUGGAAGAAGGGGUCGUUGAAACCUUCGUCGUCAUCAUUCUCCUCUUUGGCGCCGAGGUCUGCUUCUUCUUCUUCCUCUGCAUUGCGAGAUUUGGCGCGUUCCUUACGUUUUUGUUUGCGUUCUUUUUCUUUCCGGAUGUAGCGUUGUCGGGUGGAUUCUUCAUCUUGGGGUUCGUUUUCGAAGACUUGGCCACUUGUUUUGGAGGAUAGACCGGGAGUGAAGGUGAUUUGCAUGUCGCCUACCACUUCGUGUUUGUCCGUUUUGCUGGAUUUCGUGGGUUCGAGAGACAAGCCGAAAGCUUCUCGUGCUUUGGCUCGUUUGGCGUCGGCUUUGGCUUUGCGCUUUUGUUCGGCGGUUGAGACGCGAGAGGAGAUGGAGUCUGCGUCGCUGUCAUCCGAACCGAUAUAGGCUUGGAGGUCGUUCUCGUCCAUUUCUGCACGAGAGAAAGCACGCUUUUGGACUUCUUUACGAGUAGCGUCGUCGUCAUCCCAUGUCAAGCGGACUUUGGAGUGCG